AUGGAUAGCCGAGCAGAGAAGGUCUAUGUUGCAGUUGGGAAUGAUAUUCAAGAUGGGUUUAAGACCUUGGAGUGGACACUGAAGAAAUGGAAUUCUCAACUGAUUUCCAUAGUCAUUCUCCAUGUAGCUCAUGAUAUUUCGAAGGAUUUCAUCUACACCCCAUUUGGGAAGCUCCCUGCAAGUUCUAUGAAUGAUGAGAAACUGGAAGUUCUUAUGAAAUAUGAGCAAAAAAAGACUGAUAAGUUGCUGCGCAAGUACUUAGCAUUCUGUGGCCAGGUGAAGGCUGAAAUACUAACAGUAGAAAAAUGUGAGCAACCAAUUCAUAAAGUCAUCAUGGAUUUGAUCUUGAGACACCAAAUAACCAGACUGAUUAUGGGAUUCACGUUCUUGAAGACUUCAUCAACUUGGAGGAUAAAGAGUGCAGUAAGUGCAGCAUUUUACAUUCAUCAUCACAAGCCGGAUUUCUGCGAAUUGUUCGUGAUUUGUGGGGGAAGACUAGUUUUCCUUAGAGGAGAAAAUGACAAAGGGACCAUGGAGGAUGAUCAAGGUGUCAUUGUUGCAAAACUGAGAGAAAAAGCCAGUUUCAAAGGUUGGUUAGCAAAAAUGUUCAAUGAAACCUCAGCAACUUCCCCAGAUGGAACUACAGCAAAUGCCAACUCCCCCACUAACUCACAAAACAGUUGGGAAUGCCAUGUCCAAGAAAUUGAAGAUUACUUCCAGCAUUUGUUAUCCUUGAAAUUGGAAGAAGAUUGUGAGCAGGAGAAAGAUGAUGUUCCAAACAAUCCAAUGGAAUCUGACAUGAUUGCUGCAGAAGACAUGAAAACAAAGCUAAAGGAAGCUCAAGACAUAAUCGAGUUGAAAAGAAAGGAAGCCAGGGCCAAUGCCGAUAGACAAACUAAAGCACAAUGGGCCAUUAGUUUAUGCAAUUUUCGGGCUGAGGAACUUGAAGCACAAAUAAAAGAAGAAUUGAAAAAUCGAGCAGAACUAAAGAAAACGCUAGACUGCGAAAAGGAACAGCUUCAUGAAGUUGUGACGGACACUGGAGAGAGCAACAGUAGGCUAAAUUCACUAAUGGAGCUGCAAUUUGAGCUCUCGAAUAAGCUCCAAAUAACCACAUCGGCGAAAUCAAAUACCGAGUCCCAGCUAGAGAUGGCCAUAAGCACCCGGGAAGAGAUGGUUAGAGAGAUUGAGGAGUUGCGGCAGCAUAGAGAUGUUCUGCUUCGUAGAAUAGAGUUUUGUAAAGAAAAGGAUGUCAUUGGAAUGGUUGGAAGGCUCACUGAUACGAGUUGUGGAUUCAAGAAGUACACAGCUGAGGAGAUCAGAUUGGCUACAAACAAUUUUUCAGAACGUUUGAGAAUUAAACCAGGAGGGGAUUGGAACACUACAAUGUAUAGAGGCCGCAUUAACCAUGCCACAGUUGCAAUCAAGAUCCUCAACUAUGCUAAAGGAGAGUCUAAGCAAGAUUUUAAAGCCAAGGUGACAUUUCUUAGCCAAAUAAGACACCCACAUCUAGUAACUAUGAUUGGCUUCUGCACUGAGCUUAGGUGCAUUGUGUUUGAAUAUAUGCACAAUGGUAGCUUGAGAGACAUAUUACUUAGGGAUUUGUUGUUCGCCUCCCACAUAAGCUCAAAGAAAAGAAAACGUACCCUUGGCUGGCACGACCGUAUCCGUAUUGCGGUGGAGAUUUGCUCGGGUCUGGGCUUUCUUCACAUGGCUAAGCCUAGACCCAUUGUUCACGGACGACUAUCUUUAUCCAAAAUCCUCCUAGAUCGCAAUCUCGUCACAAAAAUCAGCGGUUUUGGGCUUUCGCUCAGCCAUAGUGAGCAAAGUGUUAGAUCGGACAUUCGCGCUUUUGGGGUAUUGUUGAUGCAUCUUUUAACAGGAAGGAAUUGGGCUGGACUAGGCCAGGCGAUGAACAUGGACCAAGCAGCUGUGAUUCGUGAUCUAGAUGAGAUGGCUGGACAUUGGCCUUUGGAUUUGGCAGAGAAACUCGCCGGGUUAGCUUUAACUUGUAUGACAAGUAACCGUGGACCGAGUCGGGAUUUGAGGCUGGCCACAGUGAUGGAAGAGCUCAAUGAGCUGAAGAGAAAUGGUGAUGCUAUUGUGGCAAGAAGAAGAUGUGAAGGGAUGAUGGAUGGAGAUGUAGAAGAUAGUGACACCGCUGAUGUGCCUAGUUGUUUCCUCUGCCCCAUUUCUCAGGAAGUGAUGAAGAAUCCACAUGUGGCGGCCGAUGGAUUUUCGUAUGAGCUUGAGACCAUAGAGGAAUGGCUAGGAAUGGGGCAUGAUACAUCUCCCAUGACAAACCUCAAGCUCAAGCACACAGUUCUUACUCCUAAUCACACCCUUCGUUCCCUAAUUCAAGAUUGGCAUAAUAAGAGGUCCCUUCCACCACCGUAGUACAUAGCUAUUGAAAAACGUGAUGAAUUUUUGUAGCAUCAAAGGCACAAUGUUCAUGUUCUUCACCAUACAAGUUCUUUACCCUUUUCGGGUUUUCCCUGCGGAAUUUUUAUCUAUUUAUCUCAUUUUAGGUAGAUUUCUAUC